AUGGUUAAGUGUGAUUUCCAACAACAAUUGGGGCAACCAAAGUUUCAAAGGUUGUAUGUUUGUUUAGGAGCUGCUAAGGAAGGCUUCAAAGCUGGGAUAUUGUUCAAAGCAAAAAGCCUGAGAGACAAGUUUUGGGAAACAUCAUAUGCAACCACUGUCCCCCACUUUACAAGGGUGAUGGAAGACUUGAAAAAACUGUCCAAUGAUGCAUAUGAAUGGCUAACCACUCUAGAUAAACCUCCAAGGCAUUGGUCCAAGUCACACUUCAACACUCAUUUGAAGGAUAGACCAAUUCUGUCAAUGUUUGAGUUUAUUAGAUGUAAGCUGAUGAGGAGAAUACAAGGAAGAAGGGAAAAAAUGCUGAAAUGGAAUAGGCCUAUUUGCCCAAGAAUAUUUAAGAAGGUGGAGGGAAAUAAAGCCAAGGCAGGUGCUUGCGUGGCAAUGUGGUCAGGUGGAGGUAAAUUCCAAGUGUCAGCUGGUGGCCAUGCACAAUAUAUUGUGGACUUAGAAUUGAGGACUUGUUCUCGUAGAGCUUGGGAUUUGCAGAAAUGGCAUUGUGUUCAUGCUAUUGCAGCCAUAAAUUAUAAAGGGGGUCUUAAUGUCAUAGAUUUUGUAGAUGACUACUAUUUGACAACAACUUACUUGAAGACAUAUGAUAAUCUCAUACUGCCUAUGAAUGGGAUGGAUAUAAACGAAGAAGAGGGAGAGCAUAAGGGCAAAAUGAAGAUGAGAGUGUCAAGCAACCAAGCUGAAAUUGCAUUGUCUAGCGUUCCCAACACACAUGACUCUAUCAAAUGUAGGGGUACUGAAAAUACCCAGACCAUUAUUGAUUCAUCUUAUGCAUCCACUCUAGUUGGUGGUCCAAGCACCCUAAAGAAAAGAUGCAAGCCUCCAAGGCGUGUGCAAAAAGGGAAGCCUCUGCCAAAACCAAGUAAGAAAGGACAUGCCACUUCUAAAGCACAACCAACCUCAACUUCAUGUCCUUAUGCAUCAACUUAUGUUUCAACUGUUGGAUCAAAUGUUGUAGAAGCUGAUUGA